AUGCGUGUCACGUUGCCGUAAUAUGGCUUCCGCAAGUGCAGGUGCUUCCGCGAAUGCAGACCUCCCGGAAUUUCGAGACGACGAUAUGGUUAAAUGGAAGGCAAUUUCACUUACACACGUAGACUAUCCAGAAGGUGAUAUAUUUGGAUUCCUUUUGGCUUGCUCCAGUCUCCUCCCUGUUUUCAUAUUGGGAUCCUUCUUCACACUGAUUAUUUUUAGAAGAGACUUGCAUACAAUUUGUUACUUUGCUGGCUUAAUUCUUAAUGAGUCAGUAAAUUGGGUAACAAAACACAUUAUUAAAGAGCCAAGACCAAGAGCCCGAUCAGUAUUACAUACAGAGUAUGGUAUGCCAUCUAGUCAUUCACAAUUCAUGUGGUUUUUUGCAACAUAUCUCGUCUUCUUUUUAUUUAUAAGGGUUCAUCGGAACAAUAAAUUUGUAGAUGAGCUUUGGAAAUAUGCAACAUUAACUUUUGUGUUCUCUUUGGCCACAGCAGUGGGAUACAGUAGAAUAUACCUAGGGUACCACACAUUUCGUCAAGUCUUCUGGGGUGCAGUGUUGGGGGCAAUUCUAGGGGCCCUUUGGUUUAGCAUUGUGCAGUUUGUUUGUACACCAUUCUUCCCCCUUAUUGCAGCAUGGCCCAUAUCAGAGUAUUUAAUGAUUCGAGACUCUACUCUAAUUCCUAAUGUUAUGUGGUUUGAAUACACUUCACAUAGAACUGAAUCUAGGAGCAGAUUAAGAAAACAAGGCAGUUGGAAGUCCUCCUGACAACAACAGAAAAAUAACCAUUAUAGGAAAUUUUCAUUUUGAAAGUGAUUACUUAUUAUAACUAAAACUAACUCUAAGAAAUAUUUCUUUUGAAUGUGAUAUGCCAUUUUACUGAAAAUUAACCACAGGAUUUUUCCUCUUUUUAUUUUGU